GCGACGCCUUAGAACCACGGGCGGAGACUGCGGCCACAGGUGCCUCAUAGGGCAGGGUAUCCUGGCUCUGGGCAUCAAAACCCAGAGUCUGGGAACUUAGGCUCCCAAGCUGCACCUAACCCUGGACACCGAGGUCCCCGGGAGGGAGAGCAGAGCCCUGGGGUCGUCUGAAGAGCAAAGCCACGAGCCCCCCCGGGCCAGACAGCGAAGCCCCGGAGCCUGCUGAAGAGCAGGACACUGAGGUCUUCAGGCUGGGCGGCGAGGAUCUCCUUCCCUCAUCAGCGCAGGACGUUGGGGCUCCAGAGCAAGAGAGCGAAGUUCUGCAACCACAGCCAAGCGGGUCGCAGAGCGCCCCGGGCGGUCCGCAGCUGCAGGCUCUGUGAGUCCGGGGCCAGGUAGCGCCGACCCUGGGCUGCCUGCAGUGCAGAGCGCGGAGGUCGCAGGGCAGUGUUCAGCUCCUGGCCCUGAGACCUCCUCCUCCUCCGGGUCAGGCCCGGAAGUCCCCCAGUUGCGAUUUCCACUGAGUCCUGAGGCACCCCAACGGCUCGCCGCGGAGCUGCUCAUGGAGACGCCCAUCGAGCGCGAAAUCCGCCGCAGCUGCGAACGCGAGGAGAGCCUGCGACGGAGCCGGGGCCUGAGCUCCAGCCGCGCAGGCCAGGAACUGGUCGAGCUGCGCGUGCGGCCGGUGCUCAGUCGGCCAGGUCCCGGCCCCGCGCUCCCGCGCGCCUUGGGGCGCGCGCGGGCGGGCGCAAAGAUGCAACGAGACAUCGAGCGGGAGGCUCACCGGCAGGCGGCGCUGGCUCGCCCCGCGGCCCCCGAGCCGAGCGCCGGUUCGCCCUCGCAGCCGCUGGGCGAGCUCAAGCGCUUCUUUGAGGCCGCCGCGGAGAACAGCUCCUCGGCGGCCGCGGAGGGCAGCGCGGGCUCACAGCGGCUGCCGGAGCCUGGAGGCCCGCAGCGCUCGGCCGUGCAGGGCAGGUGCCCAGUGCUGGCCCGCGCCCCGCCGCCCAUCGCACCGUCACUGCUGGAGCAAGAGGUGCGCGAAGUGCGCGAGCGCGAGCGGGAGUGGCAGCGCCAGAGGCGCAGCGUCUACGGUACCACUGAGUUCAAGGAACCCGCGCCGAGCCUCACGGCGAGCAGGGGCGAUGGAAAGUUGGCAGUGAUCUGGCCCCCCCGCAGGAAGGCUUCGGAGAACGGCCUGGAGCAGGAGGAGCGCAAACCUUGAAGUUUGAAUAGGCUGGGACCCCUGGCUUGAAUUAACAUAUUGGUGGGAGGACCGGGUUAGCGACGCCCAGCAGGACUUCCCUGCCCACCCUCCCGACCCGCCCCCCCUUCAGCAGAAGGCCUUAAGAGGGGUCAGCCCUCUGUACUGGUGAACUUGAAAUCAACCACCCAUUCUGUUUUCAGAAUUUGUGAAACUGACCAGUAAAAUGGUUUAGUCUCCACUAGGAAACUGACCACCAUCCACAAACAGUGACUGUUCAACCCUUCUUAGUCUAACUGAACUAACCUUCUAACCUUUCGAUUGUUAGACGGCCGGGGUCACCUCCC